GGCCAGGGAGAGAUUCUGGACAGCCCUAUUCUUGGAGAGCUCUGUGUCCCCAGGUCCCGGCCAGGAGGAUGCUGCUGUUCUGGGGGUCACUGCUAUGCUGGGGGCUGCUGUCCCAGGCCCAAGGAGAGGCCCAGCACUUAGUCUUCAUGCGCUUCAGCAAGGAUCAGCUGGAAACAGACAUUGCAGACCUGCUCUCAAGAUACCAUGUCCUGGACCGCGUGGCCAGGAUCCCUGUGAGGGGGGCCACAAGUGAAGGCAUCGCCAUCCUGGACCACCUGCCUUUCGUAAGAAAAGGCCUCUCCAAGAAGAGCAGUGGGCUUGAUCUCUCGCUAGUCGGGGACCUGCUCUCUGGGCAGAGCCUCCCGCUGCUGGGGACGCUGCUCCAGCUUGGUGGGUUGGUCAUAGAAGAUGCCAAAGGACCCGAGGUCACCCUCCAAAUCCUGAGUGACGGCCUGCUGCAGGUCACAUUGCAAAGCAAACUGUACCUCUCUCUCCAAAGGAUCCUGAGGUUCAAAGUCAUCAAGAACAUCCGAAUCGGGGUAUGGCUGGAGCAGAUGGGGAACAAGACCAAUGUGGCCUUUGAGGAGUGCCACACCCCACCAGGAUACCUGAGCAUCGAGGUUCUGGAGCAAAUGAACCCCCUCCUGGUGAACAAAGCUCUGGGGUUGGUGACGGAUGUCCUGGAUGAGGCACUGCCCUUCCUCCUGCAGAAGACAGUGUGCCCCCUGGCUACAACCCUGCUCAACUCGCUGCUAGAAGACCUGUUACACAUCAAUCUGUCCCCAGCCAUCUCAGGCCCGGAGGACUUCCAGUACUAUGUCACCACCACAGAAUUCACAGAGGAGGCCAUCCUGAUGAAAGUCCAUCUUGUGACCCCCUGCAGCCCAGGGCAGAUAGCCCCAAGGCCUGACCACCUGGCCCCCAAGCCCCUCCCAAAAUUAGGCCAAGGCAGCCUAGCAGACCUGGUCUUUUCACUGGAAACCUACAACAACAUCCUGUCCUGCCUCUACACCAGCAAGGAGAUCCAUGUGAACCCCCAGGACCCCAUGGCUGCCGACCUCAUUCAGCUAUUGUCACUAAGAGCACUGGAGCCCGGACUCAAGACUUCUGCUCAGCCCAGAGGGAGCGUGGGACUGACCAUCAGCACCUCUGACCCUCCCAUCGUCCACCUCGAUGGCUGCACAGCCUCAGUCAUCCAGCCGGGCUCCCUGGUGCUGCAGCGGUCCAGCAACGCCUCCUCCGUCUCCGUUUCCUGGAAACUCCUUUCAAAGGCUGUGUUUUCCUCGAAAAAUCAGGAAUUAAAACUCCAGUUCACUCCAAACAGCAUCACAGUCACCCUGGGCCCUUACCCCCCUGGCCUUGCAAAGCAGGAAGAACAUCUGGAAGCCUUUCUCUUAGAGCUUCUGAAGAGGAGGUUUUUGCCCCAUCACAACAACCUGCUCAGACAACAAGGCCUCCCGCUGCCCAAUGUCAAGGGCAUCUCCUUCGACCAGGCGCAAAUGGAGUCCUCUGAGGAUUACUUGCUGCUGACUGUUCCGGAGGAAUAGCUGGUUCUUACUGAGGGCCAGUCCCUCCCCUCAGCCACAAGUACUCCAGACGCUUGAGAGUCCAAGAAUGGCUACAGUCACAAUGGAAAAUCACAGUUGCAAUAAAGAUGAUUCUUGCUUGAGAA